ACCCAACACCAAACGAGGGACCUAGACUCCACCACCCUCCCCCUACAAUAUAAAAAUGGAAAAGAUGAAUAGUUUUCCAACAGACAGCAUUUGUAUCUGCGUCAUACAACAUAGUUCAUACUCACUCAAGAGGAAUAAUCAAAAGUACUGCUGAAGCAAAACUUGCCGGUCUUUCAUGGAGGAAGAAUUCGCAAAAAAUGCAGAGGCUAAGCAAGUAAAGAAGCGAGGACCCCGUCCUCUCAUCGUAGCACAGUCACAGGCUAAAAAGGUUCGUAUCCGUAUGCCCGCCAUCUGUAGCCCUGCCAUUUACCGCAUCAAAGAUGAACUGGGUCUCAGCUCCUGCGAUGAAGCCAUUCAUUGGCUCGUCCGCCAUGUCCGGCCCGAUCUUAUUCCCGUCCCCGAGACACCCACUAAAAAAAAAUCGUCCAAGAAUGGUCCCAUUCCCAAAACGGGCUCCGUUGAUCAUGACUCGGUUCCAAAACCCGCUUGCAGGGCGAGCCCAGAUGCUGAUAUUCCUGCUUAUGAUUUUCUCCCAACCACAGGUGGUGUUCCCGCAGCAAGGUCUCCGGUGAAGGCAACGGUGGUUCAGGCUUCGACAGUGUUUUUUGACACUCCGGCAACAUUGGAAAAGGCAGAGAGAUUGAUUGCUGGUGCGGCUGCAUAUGGGUCACAAUUACUUGUGUUUCCAGAGGCAUUUGUAGGUGGUUAUCCUACGUGUGUGAAGCUUGAUGCUACAAAUUCACCUGAAACAGAUGGUGAUUUGCAGAAGUACUAUGCCUCAGCUAUUGAUGUGCCUGGUCCUGAAGUUGACAGACUUGCAAAAUUUGCUGGUAAAUAUAAAGUCCACUUAGUAAUGGGAGUGGUGGAGAGAGCUGGAUGUUAUCUCUAUAGUACAAUGCUGUUCUUUGAUUCCCUGGGAAAGUGUCUUGGACAGCACCGCAAGCUAAUACAAACGGCAUCAGAAAGUGCACUGUGGCGUUCUGGAGAGAAAUCCACACUGCCAACAUAUGAGACCUCAAUUGGAAAAAUUGGUGGCCUCAUCUGUUGGGACAAUAGAUUGCCACUUCUGAGAACAGAGUUAUAUGAUAAAGGUGUGGAAAUAUAUUGUGCACCCACAGCUGAUGCAGGAGAAUUAUGGAGAGCAUCAAUGACCCACAUUGCCUUGGAAGGUAGUUGCUUUGUGCUUUCUGCAAAUCAAUUUUGCAGGAGGAGAGAUUAUUAUCCUUUGCCACCUGGAGAUAUAAAUGGUGAUGCAUCCUUAGAUGACAUCACAUGCGCUGGAGGUAGUGUUAUCAUUUCACCAUCAGGGACCAUCCUGGCCAGUCCUGAUUACCAAGGAGAAUGCCUUAUCUCAGCUGAUCUAGACCUUGGACAUAUCAUUCUAGCAAAGACACAAUAUGGCGGAAUUGAGAGUGAUGUCGAUAAGAACCAUGUCAGUGUGGCUGCAAACGGAUCAGAACCCAGUUUGUCUGCAGCAGAAAUGAACACUAAAGCUCUUGAAGAGCUUUGAGGGUGACGUAGCAGUGAAGAACAUGUUAGUUCUAGAACAACUAAAUAACUAGGUUCAGAGAAACUGAAUGUGUGGUGUCAUAGCCUUUCUGGGCAAUUUUGAUGCACAGGGUAGGUCCCAGGUUAAAUUA